AUGGUCUUCUUACCUGCAAAGGGGUCCGGCCAGCUGGCGCCCAUCCCGGACAGCAUCCCAAUCAGCGAGUUCAUGCUCAAUGAGAAAUAUGGGAGAAGGGCACACGCUAAAUCCCGGGACCCGUACACAUGUGGCUUCAGUGGAAAGUCAUACUCAUCGCAGGAGACAGUCAAUCGCGUUGACUUGUUGGCUCGUGGUCUGUCCAAGGAACUGAACUGGGCGCCGAACCAGGGAUCGGAAUGGGAUAAGACGUUGGCCGUGUUCACUCUCAACACUAUCGAUUCCGUGCCCCUAUUCUGGGCUGUCCAUCGAUUGGGCGGUCUCGUCUCCCCCGCCAAUGCAUCCUACUCGGCCGAUGAAUUGAGACACCAGCUGCUCGAUUCCAAGGCCAAGGCUCUGGUCACUUGUCUUCCCCUCCUAUCGAUCUCGCUCGAGGCUGCGGCGAAAUCAGGUCUCCCGAAGAGCAGAGUCUACCUGAUUGAUCUUCCCGAACAGCUUCUCGGGGGUGCGAAGCCUCCGGCGGAAUUCAAGUCAGUUGCACAGAUCCUCGAGGCGGGUAAGUCUUUGCCGCCGGUCGAGGAAAUGAAAUGGAGUGCGGGCGAGGGAGCUCGUCGCACAGCAUUUUUGUGCUACUCGAGUGGAACAUCUGGCAUGCCGAAAGGAGUAAUGAUCUCCCACCGCAACGUCAUCGCCAACGUCCUCCAAAUCACCGCGUUUGAGGCGAGCUACCGGACCCGCGGGGACGGUAUUACACCUGCCACUGAAAUCGGUCUUGGCCUCCUUCCGCAGAGCCACAUCUAUGCGCUUGUGGUUAUUUGCCAUGCCGGCGCAUAUCGAGGAGAUCAGACGAUCGUCCUUCCGAAAUUCGAGCUGAACUCCUACCUCAACUCCAUCCAACAAUUCAAGAUUACAUCCCUCUACUUGGUCCCUCCUAUCAUCAUUCACAUGCUCAGCACCCAAGCCAUAUGCUCCAAGUAUGAUCUGAGCUCGGUACAGACCCUCUUUACAGGCGCAGCACCUCUCGGCAUGGAAACAGCAGCCGAUUUCCUCAAAUACUACCCCAAUGUCUUGAUCCGACAGGGAUACGGUCUGACGGAGACGAGCACAGUCGUCAGCUCAACCCAUCCCUACGACAUCUUCCUCGGUUCCUCCGGUGCCCUCCUGCCAGGCUUCGAAGCCCGCAUCGUUACCCCAGAAGGCAAGGAAGUCACAACAUACGACACCCCAGGCGAGCUGGUAGUCCGUAGCCCCAGUGUCGUCCUAGGCUACCUGAACAACGACAAGGCCACCAAGGAGACAUUCAAGGACGGAUGGAUGCUCACCGGUGACGAGGCUGUUGUCCGUGUGAGUCCGAAGGGCGUGGAACACAUCUUUAUCGUCGACCGGAUUAAGGAGUUGAUCAAGGUCAAGGGCCUGCAAGUCGCACCCGCCGAGCUCGAAGCCCAUCUCCUCGCUCAUCCCGAUGUUGCAGACUGCGCUGUUGUCGCUAUCCCGGAUGAUCGUGCGGGAGAAGUUCCUAAGGCUAUUAUUGUGAAGUCGUCUACGGCCGGAUCGGAUGAAACGGUUACGAAGGCUCUGCUGAAACAUGUUGAGGAUCAUAAGGCGCGCCACAAGUGGUUGAUGGGUGGUAUUAGAUUUGUGGAUGCCAUUCCCAAGAGUCCCAGUGGGAAGAUCCUGCGUCGUUUGAUCCGUGAUCAAGAGAAGGAGGCGCGGAGAAAGGCCGGCAGCAAGAUUUAG